AUGGCCGCCGACGCCACGCCCGCCCGGCUGUGGGCGGGGCCACGCAGGGGGCGGGGCCGGGCGGUCCCGGCAGCGGCGGCGAUGGGCACGGAGGGGCCGCGGGGCGCCGCGCUGCUCCCGCUGCUCCCGGUGCCGUCGCCGCUGUUGUUGUUGCUGGCGGCGGCCGCCGCGCUGCUCGGCUGCCUCUGGGCGAGAUCCCCGCGCCGUUCCCCGCAGCCGCCUCUGCUGGCCGGCGGCCCGGGGCUUCGUUCCUUCCUGCGGCGGCACUGCCCGGCCGUGCGGGAGCCGUUCCGUCCCACCGCGUGGUGCUGCGGGGGGCGGCUGCAGACCGUGAGCCGAGCGCUGCUGCAAAGCCGACCUCACGUCGGGUAUCGCAGUGAGGCCAUCCGCACACCCGACGGCGGGCAGCUCAUCCUGGAUUGGGCCGAUGACGGCAGCGCCGCCGAAUGUCCCACGGUACUGCUGCUGCCGGGGCUGACGGGGAACAGCCAGGCCGCCUACAUACUGCACCUGGUGCGAGAGGCGUGCGGUGCCGGCUACAGGGCCGUCGUGCUCAACAACCGGGGCUGCCGCGGUGAGGAGCUGCUGACCCCCAGGACCUUCUGUGCCAGCAACACCGAAGACCUGGAGACGGCCAUCACACACAUCCACCACCAGUACCCGCAUGCCCCGCUGCUGGCUGUCGGUGUAUCACUGGGAGGGAUGCAGGUGCUGAACUACCUGGCGCGGGCAGGACACGAAGCGGGACUGGUGGCCGCCAUGGCCAUUUCUGCAUGCUGGGACUCCAUGGAGACAACGGCAUCGCUGGAGCAGCCACUCAACACGUGGCUCUUCAACCGCCGUCUGGCUGCCGGGAUGCGGCACCUCAUCCGCAGGCACCGUGCGGUGAUCGGGGACACGGUGGAUGUGGAGCACAUCCUGAAGGCACGCACCAUCCGGGAGUUUGAUGAGCGUUACACCGCUCUCGCCUUUGGGUACGGCUCCUGCACAGAGUAUUACCGUGCUGCCAGCCCCGCCAGCAGCCUGCACUGCAUCCGCGUGCCCACGCUGUGCCUCAACGCCGCCGACGACCCCUUCUCCCCCCUGCACGCCAUCCCCGUGGCGGCCGCCUGGCACCUGCCCCACGUGGCACUGCUGGUGACAUCGUGCGGCGGCCACAUCGGAUUCCUGGAGGGGCUGCUGCCACGGCACGGUGGCCUCAUGGAGCGCCUCUUCCUGCAGUUUGUCACUGCCGUGUUCCAACACGGAGAGGAGCUGAGCAGGCUGCAGGAAGGGGGGGCUGCGGAGGGGUUCAGCACCUGAUGUCCCCCGUGAACCCCCUCCAAAUCCCAAUAAACCCAUUUCCGUCCCUACUGACCCCUCUUCCACCCCUAGAG